AUGAGUGAGACAUAUAUAUGUACGAUAUCAAUUAAGGGAAGCAUCAAGUUAAAGCAAGUGUUAGUUGUCAUUGGAAAGAAAGGUCUAAAUUUGGCUAUUCAGUCAUCGAAUUUUCUAAAGUCAAAGCAAAUGGGAUCUGCCAAAAACAUAGGAAAGUAUCAGAUUGGCCGGACCAUCGGAGAAGGUACAUUUGCCAAGGUUAAGCUGGCUGUAGAUAGCACUAAUGGCCAGUAUGUUGCACUCAAGGUCAUUGAUAAACUCAUGGUCAUGCAGAGUAAUCUGAAGUUCCAGGUGCAAAGAGAAAUAAGAACUAUGAAAAUUCUACAUCACCCCAACAUUGUACGUAUACACGAGGUUAUAGGCACAAAGACAAAAAUCUAUAUCGUCAUGGAAUAUGUGCCGGGUGGACAACUCUCAGACAAGAUGUCCUAUGCCAAGAGGUUAAGCGAAUCUGAGGCAAGAAAACUUUUUCAGCAGUUGAUUGAUGUGGUAGACUACUGCCACAACAAGGGGGUGUAUCACAGAGAUUUAAAGCCAGAAAACUUGCUUUUGGAUAGCAAAGGGAAUAUAAAAGUAUCAGAUUUUGGACUAAGUGCAUUGCAUAAGCCAGGUCACCUGCUAUCUACAGCAUGUGGCUCUCCAAGCUAUGUAGCACCUGAGCUGAUUGCGAAUAAGAGCUAUGAUGGUGCCGCAGCAGAUAUUUGGUCUUGUGGAGUAAUACUAUUUGAAUUACUUGCUGGUUGUCUCCCGUUUGAUGACCGCAACCUGUUGAACUUGUAUAAGAAGAUAACCAGGGCACAAUAUGAAUAUCCACAAUGGUUUACAGAAAGCCAAAAAAACCUAAUCUCUAGACUACUUGAGCCAAAUUCCAGAAAGAGAAUUACAAUUCCAAAGAUCAUUGAAGAUGAAUGGUUUCAGAAGGAUUAUGUUCCUAGUUGCAGCAAUGAACAUUAUGAGAAAUUUGACUUGGAUGAUGUUAAUGCAGCUUUUGACUCAAUUGAGGAGGUCACUGACACUAAUACGCUCAAAUCAUCAAGUUUUAUAAAUGCUUUCCAAUUGAUAGCCAUGUCAAAUGAUCUUGAUUUGUCAGGUCUUUUUGAGGAAAAGGAUGGCAACAAUAAGAAGACAAAGUUUGGAUCGAAGCAUGCACUGCAUGAAACCAUAAAGAAAAUAGAAGCUGCUGCAACAGAUGUUAGUCUAUCUGUAGAAAGAAUGAACAACUUCAAGAUGAAAAUGCAUCGAAAAAUGAAAAUGACAAGAUGUUGUCGAUCAUAUCUUGAACUAUCAGCAGAGGUGAUUGCAGUUACUCCCACUAAUUGUGUUGUAGAAAUAUCAAAAUCUACAGGGGAGCUAGAAGUAUACAGAGAAUUCUGCAAAAGUUUAUCAAGUCUGCUGACUGAUAAACCAGAAUCAUCACAAAAACAAGAGCCAGACGAAGUCAGCAGUAGCAGGAAAAGUACAGAAGAAAAAGAAUGCUUCCCAGACAUAAGUUCAAAAGAAAGCAAAGAUUGUCGUGGUUAUUCAUCUUCAUAGUGAUUACCUUGGCUUUGGCUCUCUGCUAUAACAUUUGUCUUACCCAGGCUCCAAAUGGAUCCUGAAAAGUUGCACAAAUAAUCUUACACCAAACUGUAUUUAAACAACACUUGACAUAAAUACUGUAAAAUGUAAAUAUACCAUUAUAGAUGGAAAGAUGUGAGCCAACAUCCUCAGUUUACAAUCUUUUUACUUGCUCCAAAUCACUUCAUUGUAUAUUUUGUUGUCUGACAUGAGCUAUGAGUCAGAGCAUCUUUAGGUACCUUAAAUUAACCAGAUUAUUAAUAUUAUGGGUGUGACUAUUGGCACACACUUUUUUUCUCC